AUGUUUUUUAAGAUCACUUGUUUCGCUGCUAUCCUGGCUGCUGUGGCCGCACAAAAUAGCCACGGCCAUAACGAGCACCAUGCUACCUCCUCUCAGCAGAUCCACCGUCACGAUGUGCCAUCGAAGGCACCUGCUUAUCACGACGAGUACUAUAGCCACCCUAAAUACGAGUUUGAAUACAAAGUAGAGGACCACCACACCAAGGACAUCAAGUCGCAGCACGAGUCCCGUGACGGUGACGUGGUGAAGGGCUACUACUCUUUGCAUGAGCCCGACGGCACGGUCAGGAUUGUCCACUACACAGCUGACAAAAAGAACGGAUUCAAUGCACAAGUGGAACGCAAAGGACACGCCAAACACGAGUACUAUCACCACCAUUGA